AUGCCUGGGGGCGAAGAUACAUUUUGGCUCUGGCGAUGUCGCAGCGUACUCUCUUGCCUGUUGCCUCUUGGAUGUUGUGAGUCUACUACAUCGACCAUUCAACCCCCUUCACCCGCAGCAUCAGAAGCAAAGUUAAAUCACAGAAUAAGGAUGCCUCCUCCACGUCUUCCAAGGAAGGAGGAUUUCCCCCCAAACCUCGUCCUGGAUAUCGUCCCUCCAUCCAAAGGCGCGCCCGUAAACGUCCUCCUCCUCCUCCACGGCAUCGGAGACACCAAUAGACAAUUCACAGAACUUGCUAAGAUCCUCAACCUCCCCGAGACCGUCUGCAUCUCCCUGCAAGGCUUUAGCCCCAUCCCGCCCUUCUUCACCGGCUCCUCCACCCCCGCCUUCCACUGGGCCAAUGACAUGCUCAUCGACUCUCAAACUGGCACCGUCGACCUCGGCGGCGGUGGUUUUGACCGUCCCGCCCGCACCCUCCGCACUGCCGUCCUCGACGUCCUGACCACCACGUGCGCCUUUCCCGCCCGCAACAUCCUCUUCUUGGGCUAUGGCCAGGGCGCCAUGCUGCCGCUGUACUUCGCUGCUUCGAAUCCUGACAUCAUCCUCGGCGGCAUCGUUGCUAUCGGAGCCAGGCUCCCGUCCUCUUCUUACCCGACGAGGAAGAGUAAGACGCCUGUUUUGCUCUGUGGAGGGAGUCGCAGUCGCGAGGUCACGCGCUCGGCUGUCGACGCGUUGAAGGCCAGUUUCGAGGACACGAAGUAUGUCAAGUGGGAGAAGCCAGAUGACUCGAUGCCUGCGAAUAGGGAGGAGAUGUUGCCUAUAAUGCAAUUCUUCGCCCGAAGGCUGCAGAGCAGGGCUGGUGUGCCCGAGGGUGCGGUCGAGGUUUGA